AUGAGAUUCCAACAGCUCCUUUACAUCUUAUUUUUUCUCUUGAUGAGUCUACUCCUUAUCAAUGGACAGAGGCCAGCUAACCUGGCCCUGCGCAGAAAGCUGCACAGACACAACUGCUCCCACAGGCGAUGUAUGCCUCUCCACUCCAGAGUGCCCUUCCCCUGA